AUGAAGUUUAUCUUCUGUGAUGGAGGCAAUGAUCAGAAAUCAAUUCCCAUCAAAUCUUUGUUUCCUCAAGACGUUGCAAGAAUUGAAAUUUAUGGUAGUUGCGACGGUGUUUUUUGUCUCAAAGGUAUUUCCUCAUGCAUAACUCGCCACGAUCAAUUGAUUUUGUGGAACCCAACAACUAAAGAGGUCCAUCUUAUUCCUCGCGCUCCCUCACUCGGUAACCAUUACUCUGAUGAAUCCUUGUAUGGUUUUGGUGCUGUUAACGACGACUUCAAAGUUGUCAAACUAAACAUCUCUAAUAGUAAUAGGAUGGCGAAAAUAAAUUCUCUUUUAAAGGCAGACAUUUAUGACCUAAGCACAAAAUCAUGGACCCCCCUCGUCAGCCAUCCUCCUAUUACUAUGGUCACACGGAUACAGCCUUCAAGAUACAACACUCUUGUUAACGGUGUUUAUUAUUGGAUUACAAGCUCUGAUGGCUCUGAUGCUGCAAGAAUCCUUUGCUUUGACUUUCGCGAUAACCAGUUUCGGAAACUAGAAGCUCCAAAGUUAGGUCACUAUAUCCCCUUUUUCUGUGAUGAUGUCUUUGAGAUAAAAGGUUAUCUUGGUUAUGUUGUGCAAUAUAGGUGUAGAAUCGUUUGGUUGGAAAUAUGGACUCUGGAACAAAACGGGUGGGCCAAAAAGUAUAACAUUGAUACAAAAAUGUCAAUUUUUCAUAUUUAUGGUCUUUGGAAUGAUGGUGCUGAAAUCCUUGUAGGCGAGUUUGGGCAGCGGCAGCUCACAUCAUGCGAUCAUCAUGGAAACGUUCUUCGCCAAUUUCAACUCGAUACUUUAGAGAAUGCUUGUUUUUGGUAUUACGAGUAUGUGCCAAGCAUGGCUCCAUUGUCAAAGUAG